ACUGUGAAUUGAAUUUUCUUCAUCCUCGGUGAUAUCGGAGUUUAUUUUUUGAAAUAACGGGAAGCAAGAAGCAGAGCAAGUAUUAUACAACGGCCUUAGUGAGUGAUUAAGACGAGAACUUUCCAUUUCUCUGUUUUUGCCUAUAGUUAAGAAGGAUCCUAAUACUGUUUUAGUUAGACGAACAUUUUUCAAACUGUGGACUUGAAGAAUUUCCGUCGCGAUCGUUCGUUUUCAAGUCUGAGGGUGCGGCGAGAGACCCAAACGCAUUAGGGGUUAGUGAAGGAGUAAAAACUGUGAAAUUCAAAACACGAAAAGAGGAAUACCAAAGGAUUAGAACAAGUUGAUUUAACUAAUUAAAAUAUAUCCAUAGACACACGCUUUUGAACCAUUAGUUUAUUUGCGAACCACUUCAGACGAGGCAAGGAUUACUCAGAAGCUUAUACAUAUACGAUUACAUAACUCGAAAUAAGAAAAUUAAAUGUUCUAUAGAACAUAGGCACUAGUAGCAUAUCUGAGAGAAUGGAUACAAAAGUGAUACCGAUAGUACCCCAGGCAAAAAGACUAAAUGGAUUCAGUAUCGAAUCGUUGAUGAGUAAACCGGAAACUUCCCCGACUAAAUCCAUGUCCCCAGCGCUGAGCAGUCCUGGAUCUAGAGACACUACACCCUCUCCGCAUGGCUUUCACCCAGUGGGUCCCCGCAGAGAAAUACAUGACAUCACAACGCAGUUACCAUCAUUACAUCAACCGCACCCACUGAUGCUACAUGAAAACAGACUGGCUUUAGAACAUUUGAAACAUCUUCAAUCCGUGCACCCUGCCACACUACCGGGUAGCUUAGCUCACCUUGGUGGCCACCCUGGCCUAACUGUACCCCAUCUUGGCGUGCAUAACCCCCUACACUCGAUGCUGUUAGGGGCACAGAAGGAACAUCUACCUUUCUAUCCCUGGCUUACUCGACAUCCAUUCCUACACAACAGAUUUGCAGGGCCAGAUGGGUUGCUGUUACCACCAUUCCGAAAACCAAAGCGAAUAAGGACGGCCUUUUCACCUACCCAAUUACUGCGUCUGGAACACGCAUUCGAGAAAAACCAUUAUGUCGUGGGCCAAGAGAGAAAAGAGCUAGCUUCUAAUCUUGGAUUGACAGAAACACAAGUGAAGGUCUGGUUCCAAAACAGGCGCACAAAGUACAAGAGGGUGAAAUCAGAGGAGGGGUGUGAUAUAGAAGGGGCCGAUAGUGAAACAGAAGAUGACGAUCGAGCUGCCGCUAACUCCAAGACGGCACACCAUCUCAGCAGAUGGAGAACUGAAACGAACCAAAUACACGCAGCUUUGAUGGAGCUUGAGGAUCCUGAGUAAUAAACGAUAAUGAGUAAUAAUGAGAAUCAGUUAACUUACAUAAAUUGUAGCUUUCAAAGACAUUGUGGUAACGGACCCUGUGGCAAUGAGAAGGUUUUAGAAUAGACCAGCAAAGCAGACUACUGAAUCAACUUAUAAAACUACAUCAGCGGUAUAUAGAUAAAUACCAAAAUGAAAUAUAGUAUUUAUUUAUAUGUCUCUGACUACAUGCAAUAUGGACAGAGGUAUUCAGAAUUUCGCGAAAGCGCUAUACAUUAUAGCACUUUGGAAAUCGAAGAAGCCAUGCAACACUAAAUUGGGUUGGUCUAGGCGUAUGAUAGAUAUAG